GUGUGUUUGUUUUUUUUUUAGGGCGCCAUCGCGUUCGCCUGCUCAAACCCCGCCGAUAUCAACCAAGAACAAAAAAAAACCGGCAUGAUUGCGAUAGUGGUUAUCGAGAUAUUGGACGAAAAGUUUCAUCCCCUCCCUCCCAAAAACGCCUGGAAAAACCUAUACGAAAACCACGAAUUCUCAGAAACGUCUCAAAUCGAUUUGGUCCCUGAACAACUCUUGUGGCAUUUGUGA